GACAAUGUUAUAUCACAUGACAAGCUCAAGCCCUAAUUGAGCCACAUGAUCAGGAGCGUGGAUGAGUAACUAAUCGUCGAGGUUUCCUUCCCGAGUGCACGAGUCCAUGAAUUACGACAGCACGUAUAUGAAAUGCAAAGCUGAGACUUCUUCGUCCCGUUUGCUGGGAUUGGAGAUAUCAAAUAGACGGAUCAUACUACGUGAAAACCAACUGCCAUAGAUAAAGGCUGAAAACGAAUUGGAUAGAUCACAAUGCUAUUGCCAGCAACCCCUACUGCAAGCUACGACAAGAUUCUCCCCCCUCUCAAACCCUCAUAAGCAAAAAAAAAAAAAAAAAAAAAAAAAAAAAAAAAAAAAAAAUCCGACAGCCCUAAAAGAGUCUCCAAACAUAGUACCAGUGAAAGGUCCAUACAUAUCGCGUCGAGGCUCUAUCUCCUAGCGGUAUACGUGGUCCGUGGUCCACUCGACGAGUCACUCGGAGCUGUUUUGAAGAGAAAUGGAAUAAACUUGUUUUGUCCUCGAAUUUUCAAAACUCACUGAUAACUCUGGUUGGUUUCAUUAGCUGUCAGGGGCGUACGGCCCUCCUCGUUGGCCAAACGGGAGCACAUAUCGAAUCACUUAAUCACUCGAUCCUUCGUGAACGACUCUAUAUCGUAUAUCAGACGGAAUCUUUAUAUUGAAAUGGGCACGGAAAGGGGCCACUAAGGUUGGAUGAAGUAUUCUAACUGAAUAUGACUCGUUAAGAGAAGAAGAAAAUUCCUUAGUUAUUGGGGCAAUCCGACACAGAAUCCGCCUAAGCUGUUGGGAGUGUCAGCAAUAUAUGUUCUGAUAUCGGUCAGGCUGUGAAAGGCAGCUCGGUCUCAGCCUUCUUGUCGGGCCCCGAUGGCUUCUGGUGGUCUAGCAACAAAUAUUCUGAUUCACCAAGGGAAGUAGCCAGGGCUUCCAGGGCUGCGUAUCAAGCUGUUUAAGUAGCUAUAUGUAUGUACUGCACUGCAACUGCGUAAUGCGCUAGAGAUACAACCAUGGCUUGGCAUCCAGCUGCGGUUUGCUCCGUUUGCCUCUGCCACGUGAUGUAACGGCACAAUGAUUAUCCGGCACCAAGAACUCCAAAGCUCUGUGACAAAUCUGAUAACGCGAUCGGACAAUCUGAUAAAAAAAAUUACAUCCGACCGCGGGAGAUUCGCAGCAUACAAAUCCAUCCAUAACUACAUCCCCCGGAGACAUUGCCUUUGCCGUCGUCGCCAAAUUCGCGAACUUCCAUUUCUCUGUCCUCUCCUCCCGUAGUUCUCUGUAUAACAUCUUACUCGUCGCAUAUCCAAGUGCCUCUUUUCUCUCCAGCUUCCAAUAGGACCUUUAUUACUCGAGUCAUACCCCGCCUUACAACGGGAUAUAUCCAGCUUGGAACCCGCAACCAUGUCAACCCUGAACGAAAUUGCUUCGGAAGAAGCCUUCUAUAAUCAUAUCUCCUCCCUCCCAUCAUCCGCUCUUCUAGUCCUCUAUUUCCACACCCCCUGGGCUGCACCAUGCACCCAGAUGCGCACCGUGCUCUCCACCCUCGCUUCUACCUAUCCCGCCACCACUCCGCCCGCCAUCUCCUUCGUCAGCGUCAACGCUGAAGAGCUCCCGGAUAUCUCCGAAGAAUAUGACGUUACUGCAGUCCCUUUUAUCGUCCUUGUCCGCGACGGCAAGACCCUCCAGUCCCUCUCCGGCUCCGACGCAAUCAAAGCCCGCGCCGCCAUUGAACAACACGGCGGUGCGACAGCAACGGGCAGUACCACCGGGGCAGAAAAGCAAUCCAUCCCCCCCCCUCUUCAUGCAGAACCAAGAAAAGACCUCUCCACCUCUAGCACCUCUGAUACCCCUGGCGCCAACACAAAUGGGGCAGCCGCAACCUCCACCUCCCCCACCCCACCGCCCACGAAUGAAGAGCUUUUCGCCCGUCUGGAUGAACUAGUGAAGGCUGCCCCAGUCAUGCUAUUUAUGAAGGGAACACCAAACGAUCCGCAGUGCGGCUUCAGCCGGCAGAUCGUCGCUAUACUUCGUGAGAAUGGCGUGAAAUAUGGCUUUUUCAAUAUUUUGGCGGAUGAGGACGUGAGGCGGGGCUUGAAGGAGUAUGCUGAUUGGCCGACGUUCCCUCAGUUGUGGAUAGGGGGCGAGUUGGUGGGUGGACUUGAUAUAGUCAAGGAGGAAGUCAGCGCAAACCCGGAGUUUUUCAAAGAUUACUCGGUAGCACCGCGAGGAUAAGCAUAGAUAUCUUUCGUUCUUUCCACUCCCCCGAUUAAAUUGCGGAAUGCAAUUUCUUCAGUAAACUCUUCCGUCUUGAAUUUUCGUAUUCAGAUCUAUUUCUUACGACUCUCUACAUCUUCCGUGGUAUACUUGUUCUAAAAGCAGUUCGACCUUCUCCCGCUUUUCCCUAGUGCUAUCUCCACGCAUGGGAUAGUUGAGCAUGAAAGCAACGUGGGCCACUUGGCAUAGUAUCCACCCUUCAAAUCGGACUGGGCACUUUCCGAGAGAGGGUUUCCCGGGAUGGAUACAGCAGACAGCAGGUUAUAAAGCCCAAAAUCAGAUAAUAAUGCAAAAUCAAUGGAAUUGAGGGGAUUGCCAAUUAAAUGUAAAAUAACACGAGAAGAGGAAGUGGAAAUAUCGAAUUCUAAAAUACAGUGCACAAUUGCCAGUAUAUGCAUUUCUAAGAUCACAAUCCCUAGCUCCUCGCUUCACUGCAUACUGAUUCCUUCUCCAAAUACUAUUCCACCCACUGAAAUGAAAAAAAAAAAAAAAAAAAAAAAAAAAAAAAAAAAAAAAACUUAGAAUCGCCCUGACCAGAUGCUGAACAAUAAGAUUAGUCAAUAUAGCUAAACUACAUAUUUCUUGACCUCUAUCAUUCGUUCAGGGGGAUUCACAAACGCAAGGGCCCAAAAGCUCGGAGCCCUUGCCUCUGGGUGUCUUGACUUUGAUCCUCGACUUCUUUAAACAUCCUUCGUAGCAGUCUGCGUCUUCUGCUCAUAUAAACUCGCUACAAGCUUGCGUGCGGGGUGGUUCAUCCAACUGAACUGAUCCCGUUGACUCAGCUGGCGAUAUGUCGACUUCAAAGCAUCCUCGUCCACGUAUGCGCCGCGCAACCAUCGUUCGCCGCUGUUUUCCCCAUCGCUGGCCCCGGAGAGGUCAAAUGCGUUCCUCGCAUGAACCACACGACGGUUUUGGAAUAUCACGCAUUGGCCCGGUUCCAGUUUAAUUUUGAAUAUGUUCUCUGGCUUGGCAAGCUCGGCAGCAAAGGCUUUCAUGGCUUUAAGGUAGAGUUUCACAUCCGAAACGUCUUUCACGCGCUCUGUUAGGUAGGAAGGUGCUUGGAACGGCGGGGAAUAAUUAACGUAGUUGACGUAAGGGGUAGUGCUCGUCUUGGGCGGGUUUCCGAGGAAUUCCUCUCCAGCCUCGAUUUCGAUUGUAGGAUGGGAAUAUUGGUAAUGCUGGUUGUUAUUCUUGUACUCGAAACGAGUGGACGUUCUGGCAAGGGCGUCGAACAGAGAGCGAUCGUUUCGCAGCAAACGUACCGCCGCCAGGAAGGUGUCUGCGAAGAGCGACUCGCCGCCUUCGAAGGAGUUCCUUAAGCAGUGAAGCAACUGAUACCCAGGUGGGUCCUUCAUAUACAACAGGUCCAUGUGAAAGUCAA